UCAUUAUCCUCGAGUCUUUCAUUUCUUGUCUUUACGCGUGUAAGUGCGUCACUAAACACGAGUCUUGCAAUCUAAGUAGUUAUUGUGGGGUAAGAUGCCCAAGAAUAACAAGAAGGGUAAGCAGAAGGAGGCUCCUGCUGCUCCUCCUGCUGCUCCUCCACCUGCUGCUCCCCUACCUCCUCCCCCGCCACUCGCGCUGCCUCCUCCCCGCAUAAUGACCAUAGAUACGAUCGAGGAAGAGGAGGAUGAUUUUGGUGGACUCGGUGGUAUGGAAGCUGGAGAGCUUAAUGAGGAUUCUUGGGAGCAAAUGCAUGACACCGGUGAUGUGCAACAGGAUCUAAAUGGGUGGGCGUCCAACGAUCCUCAAAAUAGCAAUGGAGACUGGGGCAGUGAUGAGCAAUGGGAGACGGGCGCUCCUCCCCAGGCACAGAUGCCACCACAACCACCGCAGAAAGAUGGUGGCAACACCAAGUCUCAAAAAAAGCAGCACCACCAAUACCAGCACCAUCAACAGCAUCAACAACAUCAACAACACCAACAACACCAGCAAUCGCAAGAUAACGAUGGAUGGGGUGGCGGCGGCGGAGCUUGGGAAGAUGCUGGAGGAACGCCAGCACCAGCGAAAAAGCAGAUUUCGAAAGGUGACUGGAGUCAAACCACUCAGCGCGCUAUGCAUGAGCCUGCCUGGAGUAAUUGGGGCCACGAAGCUGGCUGGGAACAAGGCGGGGAUACCUCGGAAGUAGAGGAAGAAUCAUGGUCCGCUGAGGAUGACUCAUGGGGUGCGCCAGCUACAGCCUGGCCUCAACAGCAGCCUACCCAUGUACCACAGCCGUACGCUCAGAAGCAGUCUACCCAUGCACCACAGGUGUAUGCUCAGCGUCAACCGAGUCAGCAGAGCAGUUGGCAGACAUGGGGCGAAGAGGCACAAAGAUUACCCAAGAGUCAAAAGCCGUAUGCCGCUGCCAACCCGCCCCCGGGUACUGGUGGCUAUUUCCAACCGCAAGGCGCAAACAAACAAGUGUCUCAGCAGCAAUCUGCUAAUCCACAGUGGUCCCAACAACAGGCCGUCAUGUCGGCGGCAUUCCGCCAGCAACAAGAGCAAGCUUACGCUCUAGCUCAGGCCCAGAGUCAGCACAAGCAGUUGCAGCAGCAACAACAUCACCAUGUUCAGCAGCAACAGUCUGAAACUUACGCUUUAGCUCAUGCGCAGAACCAGCAUAUGCAGCAACACUACCAGCACCAGAAUCAGCCGCAACAUAAUGAAGUUUAUACUUCAGCUCAUGCAAAUAUACGCAGGCAGCUGCAACACCACCAGAACCCCAACCAACUGCAACACCAUCAAAACCAGAACCAGCCGCAACACCAUCAUGACCCAAACCAACCGCAACGCUAUCAUGACCCGAACCAACCGCAACACCAUCAUGACCCGACCCGACAACAACACCAUCAUGACUUGGCCCAACCGCAACGCCACCAUGACCCGAACCAACUGCAACACCACCAUGACCCGAACCAACUGCAGCACCACCAUGACCCGAACCAACUGCAACACCAUCAGGACCCGAACCAGCCGCAACACGAGGGGAAGAAGAACAAGAAAGACAAAGAGAGCAAGCAGAGCAAGAAAGAGAGGAAGCGCCAGCAAAAGGAGCAGCAGCAACAGGAACAGCAACAUGACAACGAUGUCUGGGGUUUGGGCGAGGGCUGGCAAGAUGCUGAAGACGAUCCCGAUGAUCAUGACGAUCCAUGGGGUCGACGAGUACAUUUCUCGCCCUCUCGUACUGCUCCUUCCGUUGCUCCAUCCACAGUAGUAGAAAACUUUACCGUUAACGCGUUUCCCCCAAAUAAGCUCGGGUUGUCGUCAUUCAGCAGCACGCCAUCGAAAACACUUACUUACGCAUACCAUGGAACGGCGGCACCCAUGGAAAAUCGCCCAGCCCACAAUAACACACAAGAAUUUAUCGAGUCUGAGGGAGCUGCAAUAAGUCCUGUGGCAGGCGCCUUUUUCGGUCGAAAUUCGCGCAUGGCAAAGGACCGUUUUCACUGGAUGUUCCCGCCUGACAAAGAUGAGCGCGUCGCUUCUAAGUUGGCAUGGAUCCAGUCUGUAUCAUACGGACUGGGCUCUUUUGGGCUGCAUAAGUUUUUGCAAACACGCGAGCGUGGUGCUCUCAUAGUGAACGCUGAUUAUCGGCCUUCGAAGUCACCUAAUCAACCAGCGUUUGAUUGGUUAACAUACCCGGAGUUACAGAGGACCAUGGAUCGUACUCUGCAAGAGUCGGUGGCCUUUUACGACCCCUCUGCGCUGGUGGUCGUAUUCGUAUUUCUCCCAUCGAAGUCAGGCAAUAGCCUGGCUAUAUGGCGCCGCAAAAUUGCGGUGCCGAGUAGUGUGCGCCUAGCGUAUCAGGCGCAGAUAACCCAAGCCAUAGGUUCUCUAAGCAGAGACUAUCCUGUAUACGUAGAUGAGAUACCUCCCCCAAAAUCCGAACCUCCGAGUCCUCCUCCAAAGAAACGCAAGUGGUGGAAGUUAUGGCUAUCUACGUGAGCUUUUGUUUUGUACAUAUGUAUACCUUUCUUGCAUGGAACUUGUAUUGGCCUUGGCCCGUUGGGCAUUUUAUACGCCGUGUCUUUCUAGCGUAGUAUCAGUUGUAUCAACUUGUAUGAUUGGUUUGCUUUCGUCGUCACAAAUGUAUCAAUUUCACAUAUUCUAUGGAGAGCUUUGGAAAUAUCCUCUGUCGUUGUUGUAAUCAAAAUCAAGAUACGAAUUUAUUCGACCCGCA